GAGCUGAUUAUCUCAUCAUUAAGGCAACGAAAAUACCCUUUAUUACUGAAGAAGCAAAUCAGAUUCAAGCAAGAAAGCAUAUACUUCGUGGAAUUAAUGGUUAUGAUUGUCCUGAGUUCUUUUAUCUGGAAAAGGUUCAGGAAAGACUUAGCGAAUGUGAUACUACCAAGCCUCCUUCAAUGCAAAAUCUAAUAGAUGUAAUAAUAAUGCUAUGUAUGCGAUCAGCAGAUGUGAAAAAUCUUCGUAUCAACCAAUACAAACCAAGUCACGAGUUAUGGUAUAAUCCUGACUAUUCUUGGUACUGUAUUGGUUAUGCAAAAAAUAAAGGUGAGAUAGAAGAACCUCGACUAUUCCUUUCAAUGGAAAAAAAUCCAAUACGAGCAAGAGAAUUACUUAUCUGGAUUCAGAGAUCAAUACCAGAUAAAUUUUCCUUCUUGUUAAAAGAUAAGAAUGAGAAUACUAAUGUUGCACCUCUUAAUUAA